AUGGACCGAAAACGAGCGAGUCCGCCGAGCACGUGGUCCCGAGUGGCGACGCUGCUCCGGAGCGUGACCGUGGAGCCGCUGAUGCUGCUGGACGGCGUGGCCUUCUCCAGCAUGCACGUGUACAUAGAGAACCUGCAGAUGGAGCGCGUGUGCCGCGUCUCCGCCGGCCUCGGCGCCGAGGUGUGCGGCGCCCUCAAGGCGCACCCGCAGGCCAGCGUGGAGGUGCAGCAGCGCUUCAGCGUGUUCGCCUUCUACAACGGCGUGAUCGCGGCGGCGCUGCCCCUCUUCUUCAUCCUGUUCAUGGGCGCCUGGAGCGACAAGUACGGGCGCAAGGUGCCGCUGGCGGCGGUGCAGCUUGGCCACUGCCUGCACGCGGUCGGCUACCUGCUGGUGGCGCUGGCGCCGUCGUGGCCCCCCGAGAUCCUCCUGCUGGUGACGCUGCUGGACACUCUGGGGGGCGGCACCGUGUCCUUCCUGACGGCCACCAACGCCUACGUGGGCGACGUGUCGAGCGAGGAGGCGCGCACGUCGAGGGUCGGUCUGGCCUACAGCCUGUGGUUCCUGGGCGGCCCCAUCGGCACGCUGAUGGGCACCUACAUCUACUCGUACGGCGGCUACCUGUACCUGUUCGCGACGUCGCUGGCGCUGUCGUUGCUGGCGGUGACCUACGUGAUCGUGUUCCUGCCGGAGAGCCACGGGCCUUUCGCCAGGCGGGAGAAGGAGCUGGAGGCGACGGAGAGCGAGGUCGACGGACGGGAGGCGAGGCCCGCCGCCGCCGCAGACGCCGCCGAGGCACGGCCGACCGCUGCCCAGAUGGCCAGGGACUUCUUCAGCCCCCACCGGAUCGUCGACAGCUUCAGGUCGACCUUGAGGCGGCGGGAAGGGAACACGAGGGCCCUCAUCCUCGUGCUGAUCUUCACCAGCCUCCUCAGAAGGGUCACGCGCUGUCAGCUGGGAGGCCGCCGACUACAGCCUCUGGGUCGCCUACAAGAACGCCAUAGCAACCGCAGGUACGUCUAUAACAUGCGCCUCACCAAUUUCGAUAAAUGA